AUGGUUGUUAUUCCUCGCCAGACGUUCACGCCUCCCGACCAAGCUUUGCAGGAGCUCGUCAAUUUGACUUACACAUCGUCGACUCUCUCUUUCUACCUCAACGGGACGAAGAUCGCCUUAACCAACCCAAAUCCUCGAUGGACGCUGCUAGACUUCAUUCGAUCCCAGGACUGUUUAAAAGGAACAAAGUUAGGAUGUGGCGAAGGGGGUUGUGGUGCCUGUACCGUGGUACUACAAACCAGAGACACGCGCUGUAAUUCUCGCAAAGUCCGGCAUCUAGCAAUCAACGCAUGCCUUUAUCCUUUGGUUGGUGUCAUCGGGAAGCAGGUCAUCACAAUCGAAGGAUUGGGGACGGUUGAGAAUCCGCAUCCAUUGCAGGAGCGAAUGGGGAAGCUUCAUGGCUCUCAAUGCGGCUUUUGCACUCCUGGGGUUGUCAUGUCCUUAUAUGCCGUCAUCCGAAAUGCUUACGAUCCAGCUACCAAUUUAUUUGACCUUUCAGAAGAGGAGAUCGAAAUGAAAGGACACCUGGACGGCAAUUUGUGCCGCUGUACCGGAUACAAACCCAUUCUACAGAUUGCAAAGACGUUCGUCCAGGAGGAUCUCAAGGGCCGACUGGCAGAUUCGAAAAUAAUCCUUUCAGAAAGUUCCGAGGAUCACACAGGGGACGUGGAAGAAUACAGCCCCCACUCACAAUCACCAAGUACAACGAGCUCAUGUGGCCGCCCCGGAGGAUGCUGUCGUGACGGACCGAGUACGACCUGUUCACCCCCGUCGUCACUCGCGAGUGAGGGCAGCUCUCGAACGAGUUUCCCCAACAUUGAAUUUAGUCCCAAGUUGACAAUACCUCAAUUCGAUUUCAUACCGUAUUCACCAGUGUCCGAGGUUAUAUUUCCACCUAGUCUUUAUAGACACGUCAAUCUCCCCAUCUGUUACGGCGAUGUGGAAAGGGUAUGGCUUCGGCCAGUGACUCUGUCGCAACUGGUAGACAUAUUGGCUGUCUUUCCUACGGCCAAACUGGUCUGCGGUGCCAGUGAGAUGCAAGUCGAUGUUCGUUUCAAAGGCUCACAUUUUCCGGUAUCCGUGUUUAUGGGCGACAUCGAAGAACUAGCGACUGUUCAUGUACCAGAAGAUCCAACGACAUUGUCGGAAUUCGUCGUCGGCGGAAACGCGUCUCUCAGUGACGUCGAAGAGACAUGUCGCCAGCUAGUUGCUCAACUGGGAAAGCGUGGAACGACCCUUGCUGCCAUCGCCAAAGUAUUGCGAUAUUUCGCUGGACGACAGAUUCGCAAUGCAGCAUCUCUAGCUGGAAACAUUGCUACUGCGUCUCCGAUCUCUGAUAUGAAUCCACUUUUGCUGGCCGUGAACGCUACCGUCGUGACAAUAAGUCCCAAAGGGGAGCAAUCUAUCCCUCUAGAUUCCAUGUUUUUGGGUUAUCGCAGAACUGCUCUUCCCGAGGGAGCAGUCAUCACUGAGAUUCGCAUCCCUCUUCCCCCGCCAAACGUAUCGCAAAUCACCAAGUCAUACAAGCAGGCGAAGCGAAAAGACGAUGAUAUUGCCAUUGUGACGGCAGCAUUUUGCGUGACGUUCGACGGAGAUGGAAUAGUGACUCACGCUUCUCUCGCUUAUGGAGGCAUGGCAUCUACAACAGUCUUGGCUCACCAGGCUGGAACCAGUCUUUCCGGGAGAAAGUGGAAUGACAAGGAGACUUUGUACGAUGCACUGCGGGCGCUGAUGGCCGACUUCAGCCUUCCGUACGGUGUUCCUGGGGGGAUGGCCACUUACCGCCGCACGCUCGCCUUGUCGCUGUUCUUCCGUUUCUGGAACGAGGCUGCGAGGGACCUUAACAUAGGUGCUUUAGCUGUGGAGUCAGACUGCAUUGACGAAAUUCAUCGUGAAAUAUCCAAGGGCUCUCGUGCUGAUCAUAACCCUCAUGAGCAGCGAGUUGUCGGGAAGCAGAUACCCCAUCUGUCGGGAUUGAAGCACGCUACUGGUGAAGCUGAGUACGUUGACGACAUGCCGCCCCAAGCACAAGAACUCUUUGGAGCUCUGGUUUUGUCCAAACGAGCGCAUGCCAAAAUUGUCUCAAUCGACUGGACACCUGCCAUUGGUCCUGGGCUCGCAGUUGGUUACAUCGACCGGCACAGCAUUUCAAUUGACCAAAAUCUGUGGGGGUCGGUGAACCGUGAUGAGCCCUUUUUCGCCACGGAUGAAGUGCAUUCUCACGGCCAGCCUAUCGGAAUGGUAUACGCAGUGAGUGAAUUGGAAGCACAAGCAGCAGCCAGGGCAGUCUGUGUUGAAUACGAAGAUCUACCAGCGAUAUUAACUAUCGAUCAAGCUAUUGCAGCAGAGAGCUUUUAUCAUCAUGGUAAGGAGUUGAGAAAAGGAGCACCCCCGGACAAAAUGGCCGACAUAUUUGCUCGCUGCGAUAGGGUCUUUACCGGUGUAACGCGUGUAGGGGGUCAAGAACAUUUUUAUCUCGAAACAAAUGCAGCAAUGGUCAUUCCGCAUGUCGAGGACGGGACAAUGGAAGUCUGGUCGUCGACUCAGAAUACAAUGGAGACACAGGAGUUCGUCAGCCAAGUCACGGGCGUGCCUAGUAAUCGCAUCAAUGCCCGGGUCAAGCGUAUGGGAGGAGGUUUCGGCGGUAAAGAGUCUCGCAGUGUUCAGGUGGCAUGUAUAUUAGCCAUUGCAGCGAAAAAGGAGCGACGACCGAUGCGAGCAAUGCUUAAUCGCGACGAGGACAUGAUGACAACCGGCCAACGUCACCCCGUUCAGUGUCGAUGGAAAGUUGGAGUCAUGAAUGAUGGUCGGUUGGUUGCUCUUGAUGCCGACUGCUACAACAAUGCUGGGUAUUCGUUGGACAUGAGCAGUGCUGUUAUGGACCGGUGCUGUACUCACCUUGACAACUGCUAUGAGAUUCCUAAUGUCCACAUCCGAGGUUGGGUGUGUCGCACAAACACACACAGCAAUACGGCUUUUCGCGGCUUCGGAGGACCCCAGGGCAUGUUCAUCACCGAAAGCUACAUGUCUGCUGUAGCGGAGGGACUGGGAAUAUCUGUGGAUGAGUUGCGGCUGAGAAACCUAUAUCGACAAGGCGACCGGACCCCGUUUCUGCAGACCAUCGACGAAGACUGGCACGUUCCGCUGCUUCUGGAACAGGUGCGACAGGAGGCGCGUUAUGAUGAGCGGAAGCAACGAGUUGCAACGUUCAAUGCAGAGCAUCGCUGGAAGAAGCGCGGAAUAUGUCUUGUGCCGACAAAAUUCGGGUUGUCAUUUGCCACGGCCCUCCAUCUCAACCAAGCUGGUGCAUCUGUCAAGAUCUACGCGGAUGGGUCGAUCCUGCUCAAUCACGGUGGAACCGAAAUGGGCCAGGGAUUGUACACCAAAAUGGUCCAGGUUGCGGCCCAGGAGCUGGGUGUUUCCGUUGACUCCAUCUAUACACAAGACACCUCUUCUUAUCAGACAGCCAAUGCUUCGCCAACAGCGGCCUCCUCCGGUAGUGACCUUAAUGGAAUGGCGGUCAAACACGCUUGCGAUCAACUCAAUGAGCGUCUUCAGCCGUAUCGCGAACAAUUUGGACCAGCUGCCUCUAUGGCGACAAUUGCACAUGCGGCUUAUGUGGAUCGUGUGAAUCUCAUGGCAAGCGGUUUCUGGAAGAUGCCGAAGAUCGGCUACGAAUGGGGAGUGUACGAUCCGAAGAAAGUAAAUCCAAUGUACUAUUACUUUACGCAGGGCGUUGCUUGCACUGAAGUCGAGCUUGACCUCCUCACUGGAGACCAUACUGUGCUACGGACCGAUAUUAAGAUGGAUGUCGGACGUUCUAUCAAUCCCGCAAUCGAUUACGGCCAAGUCGAAGGUGCUUUCGUUCAAGGUCAGGGCCUUUUCACAAUGGAAGAAAGUCUUUGGACGCGGACUGGACAAUUGGCGACACGCGGGCCCGGGAACUACAAAAUCCCUGGAUUUAGCGAUAUCCCGCAGGAAUUCAACGUUAGCUUCCUCCAAGGCGUAUCUUGGAAACAUCUGCGAUCGAUACAAAGCAGUAAAGGGUGUGGUGAGCCGCCUUUGUUUCUGGGUUCGACGGUUUUGUUUGCUUUAAGGGAGGCAUUGCAAAGUGCUCGUCAGGAUAAUGGAGUCAAGGAGCCUUUAGUUUUAGACAGUCCGGCUACGGUUGAAAAACUCCGGUUGGCAGUUGGAGAUGAGCUUUUGAAGAUGGGUACGGUUGAGGCCAAGGAGGGAGAGAAACCAUUCUUUGUCACAGUGGCAUGA